AUGCGGCGGAACUUCAUCAACAAGAACUCUAUCCCGGGUGCUGUGUUUGCUAACACAUUAUUGACAAAUCCCGAUGCGAUUAUCCCUGCCGCAUAUGGUCUAGACGAUCUACGAAACGACUUGUAUGCAGUGAAGAAUUUGAUUGAAACAGCUACACAUUUGAGGGGAAGUAGAGAAAAGUGGUUCAAACAACUACAUGCAUCUGAGCUGGAACAUGCAGAUGAAGAGACAAAAACAUCUGAAUUAAAAGCAGAUCCACCCUCACUUAGAAGAUCUAAGAUCCGCAAGAUUAGCAGAUCCACCCCUUCUAAGAAGAUCUGCAAGAAUAGCAGAUCCACCCCUUCUAAGAAGAUCUGUAAGAUUAGCAGAUCCACCCCUUCUAAGAAGAUCUGCAAGAUUAGCAGAUCCACCCCUUCUAAGAAGAUCUGCAAGAAUAGCAGAUCCGCCCCUUCUAUGAAGAUCUGCAAGAAUAGCAGAUCCACCCCUUCUAAGAAGAUCUGCAAGAUUAGCAGAUCCACCCCUUCUAAGAAGAUCUGCAAGAUUAGCAGAUCCACCCCUUCUAAGAAGAUCUGCAAGAUUAGCAGAUCCACCCCUUCUAAGAAGAUCUGCAAGAAUAGGAGAUCCACCCCUUCUAAGAAGAUCUGUACGAUUAGCAGAUCCACCCCUUCUAAGAAGAUCUGCAAGAUUAGCAGAUCCACCCCUUCAAAGAAGAUCAGAAAGAUUAGCAGAUCCACCCCUUCUAAGAAGAUCUGCAAGAAUAGCAGAUCCACCCCUUCUAAGAAGAUCUGCAAGAAUAGCAGAUCCACCCCUUCUAAGAAGAUCUGCAAGAUUAGCAGAUCCGCCCCUUCUAAGAAGAUCUGCAAGAUUAGCAGAUCCGCCCCUUCUAAGAAGAUCUGCAAGAUUAGCAGAUCCGCCCCUUCUAAGAAGAUCUGCAAGAUUAGCAGAUCCACCCCUUCUAAGAAGAUCUGCAAGAUUAGCAGAUCCACCCCUUCUAAGAAGAUCUGCAAGAUUAGCAGAUCCACCCCUUCUAAGAAGAUCUGCAAGAUUAGCAGAUCCACCCCUUCUAAGAAGAUCUGCAAGAUUAGCAGAUCCACCCCUUCUAAGAAGAUCUGCAAGAUUAGCAGAUCCACCCCUUCUAAGAAGAUCUGCAAGAAUAGGAGAUCCACCCCUUCUAAGAAGAUCUGCAAGAUUAGCAGUAUUAUUAUUGGGGACCCGGACGACGCCGGAGAGGUCCAACCGCCUCUGCUAGGGCAGUUCAUUAAAGAGCUGACUGCUGACGAGCCCAGUCAGAGGUUGGGUGGCCUCGAAGGGACGUUCAAUUUGAUCAUGGCGCAUCCGUACAUAUGA